GGGUUCUCGGGGAAGAUGUCUGGCAACAUCGGUGAGGGGGUGGUGUCGUACACCGUCACGGACCCUGGGGAUGACCCACUAAACCCAAGGCCCGGGACCCUGAGGUACGGGGCUACAAUGAUAAAAGGGAAAGUGUGGAUCUCCUUCUCAAGGGACAUGACCAUCAAGUUGGCCAACGCUCUUUAUUUAGGUAGCUUCACGACCAUCGACGGGAGAGGAGCGACCGUUCAUAUCGCCGGAGGUGCUUGCCUUGUGGUCCAUGAGGUUCACGACGUAAUCAUUCAUGGGCUCCACAUCCAUGACUGCCAGCCCCAGAAUGGGGGAAGAAUUAUGGGCCCUGGAGGGAAGGUGAUGUCGAUCAUUCCGGUAGACGGGGACGGGAUCCGCGUGAUGACUUCAUCGAAGGUGUGGAUAGACCAUAACACGUUGUCUCGGUGUCAAGAUGGUCUCGUGGACGUGACUCGGGGCUCAACAGGCAUCACCAUAUCAAACAACCAGUUCACUGACCAGGACAAGGUCAUGCUCCUCGGCCACGUUGAUGGCCAUGCUCCAGAUAAGAACAUGAAGGUCACCGUCAUCUACAACCAUUUCGGACCUAACUGCGACCAACGUAUGCCAAGGGUGCGUAACGGAUAUGCCCAUGUAGCCAACAAUCUCUAUGAGGGUUGGGGUUGGUACGCCAUCGGGGGCAGCUCGAGUCCCACCAUCGAGAGCGAAGCUAACGUCUUUAUCCCCACAAAGAACAAGGAGGUAAUUUGGAAAGGGGGAUCCGAUAACUCUGGGAGGUUUUACUCAGUGGGCGACUUGUUCGAGAACGGGGCCACAUUCGCUCGUACGGGCCAGAUUGGAUCAACGACGCCGAACUACAGCCCUGAUCAGAGAUUUCAGGUUGCUAAUGCUGACUCUGUCCGGAACCUCACAAUGUCCGCUGGUGCCCAGAAGCUCUAACAACUAAGUUACUAAAAGG